AUUUAUUAUGGGUUUGUUUACAUGUAUAUAUUUUCUCUUCUUUCAUUAUUAAUUAUUCGUAAUCAUAUAUUUUUAUGUUUAUUAAGACUAGAAUUUAUUGUUGUUUCUUUAAUGUUAAUAUUUUUAUAUUAUUUAAUGUUUUAUAGUUAUGGUAUUUAUCUAUUGAUUAUUUGUAUAGUGUUUUUUGUUUGUGAAGGUGUUUUAGGAUUGAGUGUUUUAGUAAGUAUAAUUCGCUGUUAUGGUAAUGAUUAUAUAAAUUCUUUAAGUUUAUGAUAA